UAAUGGGCUUUGUAUGGAGCGUAAAAUCGAUAAAGCAGUGGAAUUUUUCGAGGAUAUGGUUGCACGUGGUUAUCAACCUGAUGUUUAUACUUACAAUACCAUAAUAAACGGAAUGUGUAAAUUUGGGAAAACAAAUGUGGCUAUUGGGCUACUAAAGCGAAUGGCUGAUAGAGGUUGUGAGCCAAAUGUUGUGACAUACAGUGCAAUCAUUGACGCCCUUUGCAAGGAUGAGCUAGUUGGUGAGGCUUUAGAGCUCUUCUCUCAAAUGAGGAAUAAGGGCAUUUCACCUGAUGUCAUCACUUACACUGGUUUAAUUCACGGCGUUUGCAAAUUAGGCCAAAAGAACCAAGCUUUGGCCUUGAUGAAUGAAAUGGUGGAGCAGAACAUAUCACCUGAUGUUUAUACCUUCAAUGUAUUGAUUGACUCUCUUUGUAAGGAUGGGAUGGUUUCAGAGGCUCAAAAUACAUUCAAUGUAAUGAUUCAAAGAGGUGUAGAGCCUGAUGUGGUCACCUACAAUUCCUUAAUUGAUGGUCUUUGCAUUUCAGACCAAUUCAAGGAAGCUUUGGCCUUGUUGAAAGAAAUGGUGGGGAGGAACAUAUCCCCUGAUGUUUUUACCUUCAAUAUAUUGAUCGACACUCUUUGUAAGAAAGGACUGGUUUCAAAUGCAGAGAAUAUAAUCAAAAUAAUGAUUCAAAGAGGUGUGGAACCUACCGUUGUCAAUUAUAGUUCAUUGAUGGAUGGAUAUUGUCUGUGCAAUCAAAUUGAUAAGGCUAGAAACGUAUUUGAUCUGAUGGUGACCAAUGAAAUAGCUAACAUUUUUAGCUACACCAUUUUGAUCAAUGGAUAUUGUAAGUGCAAAAUGAUAGAUGAUGUAAAGGAACUUUUUGAUGAAAUGUCUCAUAAAGGUUUAGUUCCUAAUGUUGUUACUUAUUCUACUCUUAUAGAGGGUAUGUUUCAAGCAGGGAGGCCCCAAACUGCACAGGAGCUCUUUAAGAAUAUGUGCUCUCAUGGUCAACAGCCAAAUAUAGUAACCUUCUCAAUUAUGAUUAAUGGCUUGUGUAGACAGGGGAAUCUCGAUGAAGCACUCGCCCUAUUGAAAGAAAUGGAGGAAAGUCAGUUGAAGCCUGAUCUUGUGAUCUAUUGCAUUCUGAUCAAUGGUACUUGCAAGGAUAUGACUACAACUUCACCUUUCUAACCAUAAAGGGCGCAGGAUAUACAGUCCCAGAAUACAAGGUAAGAGAAUCACUAGACUUCUACAGCUGUUGGUUGGAUGAAAUGUCACUAACGGAUAUAUUUUAGUGUUGGACCACCAUUUGAGUUAUUUAUAUGGUGCAUUUUGCGAUACAUUUGUUUGGUGUUAUGAAUGUGAAACACAUUGUUUCUUACUGUUUGAGAUGUUAGUUAAGUUAGGCAAGAAAAGUUGUUUUGGUUGUUUCUUUUCUCCUUUCAGCAGUAUAUAAUGAGACAUUUUAUGUUUUUACCA